ACAGAACACUAUCCAACCCCUUACACCAAGACCUUCCCAGAUAUAGUCCUGUCCAUACUCUAAACGAGGCUCUGAACACUGACUGUACCCAUAAGAGGGUACUGGAAGAAAAAGAUGUCUCCAGAUAUUUAAGAAAUAAACAAAAACUUCCUAAGAUAAUACAGGAAGAAGAUGUUUGCAGUCUAUCUUUACACAGCGUUAUUGCUGCUCUCCAGUGUAUCACAUGGCUCAGUGUUCCUACAGCGCCAGAGGGCUCACCACAUUCUAAGGAAGCGUGCCAAUCAGUUCAUGGAAGAAAUACGUCCUGGCAAUCUAGAGCGGGAAUGCUAUGAAGAGACUUGCUCCAAAGAGGAGGCAAGAGAGAUUUUCAAGUCCCAGGAGAAAACUACAGAAUUUUGGUACCAUUAUAAAGAUCUCAGCCCCUGUAAAGAAAACCCAUGCCAAAAUGGAGGAAUAUGCCAACAGUACCACUACAGCUACACAUGUCUGUGUCCUCCAAGUUAUAGUGGGAGAUACUGUGAAAACGAGCGCUAUGAGUGUUGGUACAAGAAUGGAGGAUGCUGGCAGUACUGUACAGACACUGCUCAGUCACUGAGUGUCAGCUGCUCCUGUGCACAAGGGUACACUCUACAGGAGGAUGGCAAAAAAUGUGCCAAGUCUGCGCCCUUCCCAUGUGGUUUGACAGCCAGUUUAACACGUUCCCUGUUCGACCCUGUUCUAGACUCCACUGAUCCAGUUGCUACCGUAAGGUCUCUUUUAGAUAAACCUACCUCCUCUAGAGAAGGAAACAUGGGUAAUGAGAAUGGAAGAAUACUGCAGGACAGAGAAAGUGCAAGGGCUCACAGCAGUAAUGAGACUUCCGAAAAUCGGACUGACACUCCACUUGCCUGGACAGACAAUGUAGGGAAUGUUUCUGCGGGAGGAGACAGCAUGGGCAGCACAGCUUUUCCAUCUGUAGACAGAAACAUCAGUACAAACAGAACUGAGGAGACUGAAGGAAAAAGCCAAGGCAACAGGACUAUUGAGGCCAGACCCACAAACAGAUCUGCUGAAAGCAAUGCUGACACAGGUUGGGCACAUAACAAGACAGAUACAUCUGAGCGACAGAGUAAAAAUGAGAGUGCUGAAUCUGUAUCCAGUCAAAAUGAGACUACCAAAAGCAGACAGGUAGAUGAGAAUGUAUGGAUUCAAAGCAUGAUUAGGAAUUCUACAAAAGCUCCUGAUACUGAAAUACUGAGUACAAACUUGGGGGAUAAACCAACUGAGACGGGAGGAAUGAAUAGCACAGAAUGGGGGCAAGGUGAUGAUCCUACUGCUGAAAAGAAGCCUAUUAACAAGACCAGCUUAGAUCAUAAUGAGAUUGGUGCAUCUGUAAGAGCUGCAAGAACUGGGACUAGUAAAUCAGUUUGGGAAGAGAACCAUGGCCUGGCCUCGGUGGAACCUGAUGAUUACAAUACACCUGAUGGGGACGUCCGCAUUGUGGGAGGGAUGCGCUGUGAACUUGGUCAGUGCCCCUGGCAGGUUCUCAUUCGUAACAAUCGUGGGUUUGGUUUCUGCGGUGGGAGCCUGAUCAGCAGCCGGUGGGUACUUUCUGCCGCUCACUGCUUUGAAAGCCAAAUUCCCCAUCAUGUAACCAUUGGGGAUUAUGACACAUACCGGCGAGACAUGGAUGAACAGAAGAUUGCGGUGCUCCAGGUGUUUUCCCAUCCAAAUUAUCUGGCAGAAUUCUACGACCACGAUAUUGCUCUGCUUUUCCUGCGCAGCCCUGCUAUGUUUGGGGAAUAUUCUCGACCCAUUUGCUUACCCAACCCUGGACUUGGGAAAAUGCUAACUCAGGAGGGACAGACAGGGCAAGUAAGUGGUUGGGGGGCUACUCGUCAGUUUGGCCCCUACACUCGGUUUCUGCUGAAAGUAAGACUGCCCAUUGUGAGCCAAGAAACAUGCAUGGCCUCCACAGAAAACAUAUUGACUGGAAACAUGUUCUGUGCUGGAUACAAAGAAGGAGUAAAGGAUGCCUGCAGUGGGGAUAGUGGAGGUCCAUUUGCUGUUUUAUUCCAUGACACCUGGUUCCUUGUGGGAGUGGUGAGCUGGGGUGAUGGCUGUGCAGAAAAGGGAAAGUACGGGGUGUACACAAGAGUAGCCAAUUAUAUGCCAUGGAUAAAGGAAACAAUUGUGGAGAUUGAGGAGGGCGAGGAGUAUUUAGUCAACACAUUAUAAUAGCUAGCUAUUGAUGUAAAAUAGAUAUGUGGUUGAAACUCAAGAUAGCCCAAAGUAACUGGUCAAAGGCAGUAACUUGUGUGAUCUCACACCUGUACAGUAUAUAGAACUUACUAAGGCGCAGGCUUUGAGAUACAAGUACUGUGGCCUCCUACAUUCAUAAAUACAUAUACAUUGUCAUUUUACAAAUGGUACCUCGAUUGGCCUUUAUAGUUUGAAGGCUAUUCAAUCAUUUUUACAUGCUUAAUAGUCUCAUAAAAUGAUAACGUUCCUGGAAGUCUAUUUAUUAUGCAGAUUCAUUUUUACAAUGUUUUAUAAUUAAUACUGCUAUGUAUUACAGCAUGUGUGAUCUAGAAAAGGUAGGGAGUUGUUCUAUGAGGAGUUCCACUUUGCUCUGUUGGCCAGGCCAUAUUUACAUAAUAUCAUGCCCUCUGAAAUCUUAGGCCGUAAGGAUUAUAACUAGAGAUGCACCGAAUCCUGAAUUCAGUUUGGGAUUCAGCUGAAUCCUGGCUUUUUUUCAAGGAUUCGGUUUAGGCCGAAUCUGCGAUCCCGGCUGAACGGAAUCCGAAUCCUAAUUAGCAUUAGGAAAGGGUUAAAUAGUCAAGUGAAAUUUUUUUUUGCCACGCAUGGUUUUUAACCCCUUCCGAUUCUAAUUACCAUAUGUUAAUUAGGAUUUGGAUUCGGAUCAGGAUUCGGCCGAAUCCUUCAGGGUGGGUUCGGCCGAACCCAAAAAAGUGGGUUCGGUGCAUCCCUAAUUGUAACUACUAUAACUCAAUAGCAGGUGUGAUAACACCUAAACAUAAAUACAGGAAAACAAAUUUGUUGUUAUAGGGGCCUGCUUGUAUAUUCUGUAUAGACUUCUUCUCUGUAUGUGAAUAUGGCUUCAGCAUUCUUAUUGCCAAUGGGCCAUACAGUCAAUGAUAUGAGCCCCACUGUGGGCACAAAGGAAUGUCAGGCUGUCCAGUUUUUAGUUUGAUGUUAGUAUUUUCUUUUUCUGUUCAGAGAUAGAAUCCUUUGUAUGUGUUAUAUUCAAGAGAAACACAUUCUCUUGGGCAGAAAGAUAAUAGCAAGUUAUGAAGGAAAUUAUAUCUUUCAACAUGUGACCUCAUUUUAUUAAACAUGGUUUGAUGUUUACACAAGGACAUAGUAACAGUAGAAAUAUGAAACAAAGAAUAAAAGAUCUAUUACAUUUA